AUGCGUGGGUUCCAACCCCACCGAGGCUACUUGCGCGUACAAAGCGUAGGCGGCGUCCAUGCGUCGGUUCCAAUCCCACCGAGGCUACUGAUUUUUCACAAUCGACAUAGAAACUUCAAAUCUGCCAAACAACUAUUUGAACAAUUCACCCUGUGUACUCCAUAUGCCAUGAAUCCCGGUACUUCAUCUAGAUACGGUAACAGCGAUACAGAAGAAAGCUCCGAUGCGGAUAGUGCGCCAAACCAUGGAACCGAAUUAGAUACGAUUUUCGAACUGGAUGAAGCAAGUGUGUUCAGUUCCAGGGAUCUCUGCUCCAAUCAGUCGCGUAAACGAGACCGUACCAGGCCACCUCUUGGCCGACUACGGCGGGAGACACCGCGAACUGCAGCCACGACCCAACAAUUGGAGUUUCCGGGUAUCUUCGUGGAAGGAUUCCGCGAUGGUCACGUUGGAUUUAAUAUACCUGGGGUUAUGCAAGAUUCGUUAAAGCCCACAGACUCCAUAGAGGUGAAAAUUAACCUAUUCACACCGGAAAAACAGUCUGAUUUCGACGUGACCUCCACACAUCAUCGUUAUCCUGACUGCUCAUCCCGAUUCGGCUCUAUUGCCGGAUCUUAUGCAUCACCACAGAAGCCCUCAAACACGGGUACAUCCAGCCGGUUCGGAAUGUCUUGGUUCCAAGAUAACAAUGCGAAUGAUCCGUCGGCGAGUCGAUUCGAUCCACUGGAAACAACCAAUCCCAAUAUGCAUUCCAUCCAAACACAGCCCAGUUUCCAACCUUCUGAGAGUUCAUUUGGUCUAGGCACUAUGGAGAAUACGCGUAACGAGUCGGGCUCGUUACACGCGGGUAAUCGAUUUUUCUCAGCUCAUCACCAGCCUCCUUUUGGACAUAAUUCAACCGAUUCCGGUCUGCAUUCCAAUGGUGGCCUUGCCCCAGAUCUGUGCUGUCCAGACAAUUCCGCACUGACAUCCGAAUAUUCUGAAUUGCCUUCGAGAUUUCUGAGAUUUGGUAUCCGGUGA